AUGGUUCUUUUGGUAGAUAGGCUUUGCCGUUCCCUUAAAUUGUCGUCCAAACUGGAAAAUCACCAUCACCAUAGCCGUAGCCAUCACCAGCCAGAGCUUUUGCAAUCCAAUGCUUCAUUUCAAGCUUUCCUGUCCGAUGUUUCGGAUGGAUUGAAACAACUGUGUUUGGAUUCGAAACCCGGAUCAGAGUUUCUGUCCUCAUCGUGGAUUCAAGGAUGUUUGAAGCAGAUGCUUCUCAUGAACAGGAGUUUUGCAAAGCUGGUGAUGGAUAUAGAUUACCCCAUGAGUAGGUGGGAGGCUGCUUCUGUGGAAGAAUAUCUCAAGUACAGCUUGUACUUGCUGGAGCUCCUCAAUUGCAUAAGUUCAUCUCUUUCUCAUCUGGGUCAGGCUCGGAUCGUGCUGUCUCAUGCUCUGAGUCUUCUCAAGAACUCGCCUUCGUCGGCGAGGGAUCGUCUAAGGGCGAUUCAAUUGAAGAGCUUCGGUAAGGAUUUCAAGGAAGAGCGGAACAAGGAGAAGGAAGAUCGUCAAAGGCUUCUCUGCGGCAAGGAAGCGGUUGUGCAUCAAGCUCUGCUUGCGAUGAGGAGCACGGGGUUUUGGGUAUGUGGGGUUGUGCUGUCCAGCCUCUGUGCAGAUGCUAAGCCAUACUUGGAAAUGAGAAAAUGGGCAAAUGGGUUUGGUGAAUCUUUGUUAACAGGUUUUGAUUCCAGUGUUUGGAAAGAGAUGAUGGAGAAAAGGGGUGUUUUGAAGGAGGUGAAAGAGGUAAAUAGUGCAGUGGCUUGCCUUGUGGCAGCUAUAGAUACAGGAAAAGUUGGGGAUUCAGCUGAGGAAUUGAAAAGGAGAUUGGAAGUUCUUGAGCAACAAUUGGAGUGUGUAGGGAAGGAUGCAGAUCUUCUGUUUUCAGAAGCUUUGGCGGCUAGAAAUGAAUUGUUGGGUGGGCUUAGGCAGCAGAUGCAAUGGCAACAAUCACAUGAUACGACAAUAACAUAUUCAAAGUUAAACAAUUUUCUCUCUGCUGGUAGCAAUUGUAACGUUCCUGAUUCAAAGUUGAACAAUAUUCUCUAUGCUGAUAGCAAUUAUAAUGUUCCUGGUGAAACAGAGGACAGCGCAGGGUUCUGA